AUGAGUUAUCCACCAAAUUUAAUAGAACAAGUUCGCAGAGCUUACUUACUUAAAGGUCCGUGUCAACCACGUAAUCAUGAUUUUCGUCCUACAGUAGAUGGAAAUCGAAAACGUAAAUUUGUCUCACAUUGGUUUGAUGAAUUUAAGGAUUGGUUGGAAUAUAAUGUUACAAAGGAAGCAGUUUUUUGUUUAUAUUGCUAUCUUUUUUCAAGACUCCACGGAAAUGGACAAGAUGCUUUUGUAUCAGGGGGAUUUACGGUCUGGCGCAAGAAAGAAAGAUUAAGAGAUCAUGUUGGAAACCAUAAAAGUGCUCAUAACAGGUGCAGAUUAGCAUGUGAGGAUUUGAUGAAUCAAGCCCAACACAUUGAGGUCUCUUUGGCAAAACAGUCAACACAGUCUAAGCUUGACUACCGCCUGCGAUUAAAUGCAACGAUUAUUUCUCUUCGUUAUCUUAUAAUGCAAGGAUUGCCUUUCCGCGGUCAUGAUGAGUCAGAAGAAUCAUUAAAUCAAGGUAAUUUUCUUGAGUUCUUGAAAGUUAUUUCUUCUUGCAAUGAAGAGAUAGCUAGUGUUGUGCUAAAAAAUGCUCCAGACAAUCUCAAACUUACAUCACCAGAUAUUCAGAGAGAUAUUAUAAAUGCAUUUGCUGUUGAGACAACGAAAGCUAUUGUACAUGAUAUGAGAAGUGAAUUUUUCUCCAUAUUAGUUGAUGAGUGUCGAGAUGUAUCUGUCAAAGAGCAAAUGGGUGUUGUGGUGCGAUAUGUGGACAAGAAUGGAUGUGUUAUAGAACGUUUUCUUGGUGUUGUUCAUGUUAGUGAUACAACUGCAACCUCACUUGAGAAAGCACUUGAUUAUUUGUUAUCUACUUAUGAUUUAAGUAUAUCUAGUUUGAGAGGUCAAGGAUAUGAUGGCGCAAGCAACAUGAGAGGAGAAUUCAAUGGGUUGAAGAGUUUGAUACUCAAGAGAAAUUCCAGUGCUUAUUAUGUACAUUGCUUUGCUCAUCAGCUUCAGCUCACGAUUGUUGCUGUUGCUAAAAAACAUAAAAUUGUCGGAUCUUUUUAUAAUUCUAUCUCUCGUUUGUGUAAUACUGUUGGAGGUUCUUGUAAGCGCAGAGAUAUACUUCGGGAGAAACAGAGAGAGAGUAUUAUUAAAGAGAUUGCAAGUGAUGAAAUAAGUACAGGAAGAGGACUAAAUCAAGAAAUGUCAUUGAAGCGACCUGGAGAUACUCGUUGGAGUUCACAUUACGGUACUCUUGUCAACUUGAUACAUUUAUAUUCUUCUAUUGUUGAUGUUCUUGAGUAUGUUGGGGAGAAUGGUCAUGACGAUUCAAUAAGGGCUGAAGCUGAUGAUGUGCUAGAAAUUAUAAAUAGUUUUGAGUUUGUCUUUGUGUUACAUCUUAUGAAGCAAAUCUUGGGAAUCACACAUGAACUCUCCCAAGUGCUACAAAAGAAAGAUCAAGACAUUUUAAUGCGAUGA